GGUGCCACCACCGCCUAGAUAGCUCUGCGUCUGCGGAGUCCCGGCCGUCGCCGCACUGUUGUCGCGGCGCCCACGCCCCGUCCUCUGCACGCCCGCACCGCCCCCCUGGAGCCGGCCGGACCGGUCAGGAGUCAGGGCCGAGUCCUCGCCAUGCGUGCCCGACUGCAGCUGCUGCUGCUGGCGUUGCUGCUGGCCAGCCUCCGGAUUUUUGGAAGUCCCAGCACUGUGACACUUCCUGAAACCUUGUUGUUUGUAUCAACCCUGGACGGAAGUUUGCAUGCCGUCAGCAAGAGGACAGGCUCAAUCAAAUGGACUUUGAAAGAAGAUCCAGUCCUGCAGGUUCCAACACACGUGGAAGAGCCUGCAUUCCUCCCAGAUCCCAACGAUGGCAGCCUGUAUACGCUUGGGGGCAAGAAUAAUGAAGGCCUGACGAAACUUCCCUUUACGAUCCCAGAGUUGGUGCAGGCAUCCCCGUGCCGAAGUUCAGAUGGAAUUCUCUACAUGGGUAAAAAGCAGGACAUCUGGUACGUCAUUGACCUCCUGACCGGGGAGAAACAGCAGACUUUGUCAUCGGCCUUUGCGGAUAGUCUCUGCCCAUCAACCUCUCUUCUGUAUCUUGGGCGAACAGAGUACACCAUCACCAUGUACGACACCAAAACCCGCGAGCUCCGGUGGAACGCCACCUACUUCGACUACGCAGCUGCGCUGCCCGAGGACGACGUGGAGUAUAAAAUGUCCCACUUUGUGUCCAAUGGCGAUGGGCUGGUGGUGACCGUGGACAGUGAAUCUGGGGACGUCCUGUGGAUCCAAAACUAUGCUUCCCCCGUGGUGGCUUUUUACAUCUGGCAGCGGGAGGGUCUGCGGAAGGUGAUGCACAUCAACGUUGCUGUGGAGACCCUGCGCUACCUGACCUUCAUGUCGGGGGAGGUGGGGCGCAUCACCAAGUGGAAGUACCCGUUCCCCAAGGAGACGGAGGCCAAGAGCAAGCUGAUGCCCACCCUGUAUGUGGGGAAAUACUCUACCAGCCUCUACGCUUCCCCCUCAAUGGUACACGAGGGGGUCGCCGUUGUGCCCCGAGGCAGCACCCUUCCUUUGCUGGAAGGACCCCAGACCGACGGUGUCACCAUCGGGGACAAAGGGGAGUGUGUGAUCACACCCAGCACGGACCUGAAGUUCGACCCUGGGCUCAAAGGCAAGAGCAAGCUCAACUACCUGCACAACUACUGGCUGCUCAUCGGACACCAUGAGACCCCACUGUCUGCAUCUACCAAGAUGCUGGAGCGAUUCCCCAACAAUCUGCCCAAACACCGGGAAAAUGUGAUUCCUGCUGACUCAGAGAAAAAGAGCUUUGAGGAGGUUAUCGACCUGGUUGACCAGACUUCAGAAAACGCACCUACCACAGUUUCUCCAGAUGUGGAAGAGAAGUUCGCUCAUGCCCCGCCCAGGCCCGAGGCCCCCGUGGACUCCAUGCUCAAGGACAUGGCCACCAUCAUCCUGAGCACCUUCCUGCUCAUUGGCUGGGUGGCCUUCAUCAUCACCUACCCCCUGAGCCGACGUCAGCAGCGGCAGCUCCAGCACCAGCAGUUUCAGAAGGAACUGGAGAAGAUCCAGCUCCUGCAACAGCAGCAACUGCCCUUCCACCCACCUGGAGAUGUCGCAGCUCAGGACACCGACCUCCUGGACUCGUGCGGACAGUACUCGGAGAGCUCGGCCACCAGCAGCCCCAGCACGUCCCCCAGAGCCUCCAACCACUCGCUCCACUCCAGCGGCUCCACCUCCAGGGCUGCCAGCAGCCCCUUCCCGGAGCAGGAUGACGAGGAUGAGGAAACCAGCAUGGUGAUAGUUGGGAAAAUCUCAUUCUGUCCGAAGGACGUCCUGGGCCACGGAGCCGAGGGCACAAUUGUGUACCGUGGCAUGUUUGACAACCGCGACGUGGCCGUCAAGAGGAUCCUCCCCGAGUGUUUUAGUUUCGCAGACCGUGAGGUCCAGCUGCUGCGAGAGUCGGACGAGCACCCAAACGUGAUCCGUUACUUCUGCACUGAGAGGGACCGGCAGUUCCAGUACAUCGCCAUCGAGCUGUGCGCGGCCACCCUGCAGGAGUACGUGGAGCAGAAAGACUUUGCCCACCUCGGCCUGGAGCCCAUCACCUUGCUGCAGCAGACCACCUCGGGCCUGGCCCACCUGCACUCCCUCAACAUCGUUCACAGAGACCUGAAGCCACACAACAUCCUCCUCUCCAUGCCCAGCGCACACGGCAGGAUCAAGGCCAUGAUCUCCGACUUCGGCCUCUGUAAGAAGCUGGCAGUGGGCAGACACAGCUUCAGCCGCCGCUCAGGGGUACCCGGCACAGAAGGCUGGAUCGCCCCGGAGAUGCUGAGCGAAGACUGCAAGGAGAACCCCACCUACACGGUGGACAUCUUCUCUGCGGGCUGCGUCUUUUACUACGUGAUAUCUGAGGGCAGCCACCCUUUUGGCAAGUCCCUGCAGCGGCAGGCCAACAUCCUCCUGGGCGCCUGCAGCCUGGACUGCCUGCACCCUGAGAAGCACGAAGACGUUAUUGCCCGGGAGUUAAUAGAGAAGAUGAUUGCAAUGGAUCCUCAGAAGCGCCCGUCAGCGAAGCAUGUGCUGAAACACCCGUUCUUCUGGAGCCUAGAAAAGCAGCUCCAGUUCUUCCAGGACGUGAGUGACCGGAUAGAGAAGGAGUCCCUAGACGGCCCGAUAGUGAAGCAGCUGGAGCGCGGCGGGCGGGCUGUGGUGAAGAUGGACUGGAGGGAGAACAUCACUGUCCCCCUCCAGACAGAUCUGCGUAAAUUCAGAACCUAUAAAGGCGGCUCUGUCCGAGAUCUCCUCCGGGCCAUGAGAAAUAAGAAGCACCACUACCGGGAGCUGCCCGAGGAGGUGCGGGAGACGCUAGGCCCCCUUCCCGACGGCUUCGUGCGCUACUUCACGUCGCGCUUCCCCCACCUCCUCUCCCACACCUACCGUGCCAUGGAGCUGUGCCGCCGCGAGAGGCCCUUCCAGCCCUACUACCACGAGCCCCCCGAGCCCCGGCCCCCAGUGACUCCAGACGCCCUCUGAGCCAGGCGGCC